GUCAAAUGUCCAUAAAGGGUUGUCUUUUAUUUUGAAAAGUUCUCGGCGGAAGUUGAACCUGUGUUCCAGAUGCAGGAACUUUCGCUUCGAUCCGCCACACCGAGAUGGACUGGAAUGAGGGCGGUAAUGGUCACAGCCACGGGCGUGACGGCUGUCACCAUGGCAACGGAGGUCACUCUCACAGCCACGGGCCCAGAGCUGCAGCCUUCGGCGGCAUGACCAACAUGUACAUGCCUGCUUACGGGCAGAUGGGCAAAGGUCCGGACCCGGUCAUGGACAUCAGCCAGCAGCCCAAGAAACGGUCGCAGAUGGAUGACAGCAGCAGCUGGGACAUCGUCAAGGCAACGCAGUUUGGGAUCCUGGAGCGCUGUAAGGAGCUGGUGGAGGCCGGAUACGACGUCAGGCAGCCGGACAAGGAGAACGUCUCUCUGCUGCACUGGGCGGCCAUCAACAACCGCUCAGAGCUGGUCAAGUAUUAUAUGUCCAAAGGGGCAAUUGUUGACCAACUGGGAGGAGACCUGAACUCUACUCCCCUCCACUGGGCCAUAAGACAGGGCCACCUUCCCAUAGUGAUCCAGUUGAUGAGAUACGGAGCAGACCCGUCCAUCACAGACGGGGAGGGCUACCGCUCGCUGCACCUCGCCAUCCUCUUCCAGCACAUGGCUAUAGCCGCUUAUCUCAUGGCUAAGGGAGAGGAAGUGGAUGUGCCUGACUGUAACGGACAGACACCACUGAUGUUAGCAGCACAGAAGAUUAUUGGACCCGAACCCACAAACUUUCUCAUCAAGAACAACGCCUCAGUGAGCGCUGUGGACAAAGUUAACAGGAACACGCCAUUGCAUUGCGCCGUGCUGGCAGGAAACGUUGACGCUGCCCACAUCCUGUUGGAGGCAGGAGCAAGCGUGGACGCUGAAAACAUCAAUGGUCACACUCCCAUGGACCUGGCCCACCAAGUCCACAGCCCGCUGCUCAUCCACAUGCUCAACGUCACCAAACAGGAGAGGAUUCGCUCCAGUUCCCGCUGUUUACGCUUUAUUCUCAGAUACAAGGUUUUAGUGCAGUUCCUGUUUUGCACAGCCAUAUUUGGAUGUGUUGGUGCAAUAUUUGACAUGAACUCCGAGUCCUGGUUGCUCAAAAGCAUCUUGCUAGCCUGCGUGGUGGGAGUGAUUAACCUGGCCUCCAGGAACUUCCCAAGCCCAGAUUUUCAGUCUCUGCUGCCGUCGUCGUCUCUGAUGGCUUCAGUCUUCUGGAUGCUCGUCACCUGGUGUCUCUGGUUCCUGCCAGCUCUACCCAGCACAGCAGUUCAGGUGCUGUUCACUCUGAACGCCACGGCUUUCCUCUACUACUUCCUUCGGACCUGCCGGACGGACCCGGGUUUCAUCAGAACCACUGAAGAGCAGAAGAAAAUGGUGGGAAAGAACGUGGUGGUGCUGGCCGAGGCUGGCUGUUUGGACCCCAGGGUAUUUUGCACUUCCUGUAUGGUUAGGAAACCACUGAGAGCCGUUCACUGCUUCAGCUGCGAUGCAUGUGUGGCAAAGCAGGACCACCACUCUGUAUGGACCAACACCUGCAUAGGUGCCAGGAAUCAUUACUAUUUUGUGCUUCUGCUGCUCUCGCUCUCGAUGAUGGGGGGCUGGAUGAUCUACGGUUGUUUUACAUACUGGGCCAGUCACUGUUCGCUGCGUUACGAGGAGCAGGGUGUGUGGGGCGUGGUGUCGGCGGUGGUCAGCUGCUCUCCCUGGGUGCUUGCCGUCUUUGUGCUGUCCUUCUACCACACCUGCUGGUCCACUUUGUUCCUGAUUGGGCAGCUCUACCAGAUUGCAUUCCUGGGAUUAACGACUCCAGAGAGAACUAAUCUGUUGCUGCAGCAACGGAGAAUGAGACAAUCCGGAUCCCUGAGACAAAAUCCAUUCAACAUGGGCGUUGUCCAGAACCUGGCGUCGUUUUUCCAGCUGCGCUGCUGCGGCCUCUGCAAGCCGGCCGUCGUCGACUGGACGGCCCAGUUCCAGCCCCAACGGGACCAGUACCUGUUCGAACAAAUCAACAUGGUCUGACCUCCUCCCUCCUCCGUAUCUCCGGGUCGAACUCUGCUUCUGGACCAAAAGCACAGAAUGUAUUUAUUUAUUUUUCCAUCCUUCGGCUCCUUGUGAAGAAAGACUUACCGAUGGUAGAGGUUGGAGUGGAAGUCGUCUGCUGCUGCCUUACACUCGACCAGUGAGGGCGGAAAAGGAAAAUCCUUACGGCCUGAACAGUUCUGGGCAUUUUGUGCUGUUUUUAUGAACACGUUAAGCCUGUUUUUAUCAUCCAGGAAGAGGAAAAUAAUCUUUGUAAAUGUAAACGGUUUGGUUUUAUGACUUUUGUAAAAGCUGCAUGCGUUUCAUAACAAAUGACCACUAUUAUAUACUUCAAUAAAGCAAUCAUGUGCCUGUCUUUUGAACUGUUUAGAGCUCAGUUUUACUGGCGUCUUAAUAAUAAAAAGUGGAGGAUUUUUUUUCUUUUUAAAUGAGUGAAAACUUGAUAAAUCUCAUGUUUAGCUGAAUUUUAAGCUCCCUUUUGUACUCAUUGGGUUCCAUUGUAAAUAGAAAAAGUUAUAAUAGGUCAAUUUCUGGCAUAAAGUCAGAAAUUCUCUGGGAAAAAAAAUAACAUUCCUGAGUUUGAAGAGUUGAAAAUUUACUAGAAGAAACAUGGAAACUUUUGACACUCAGAAAUUUCCAAGUUUUUUUUCUCUAAGAUUAAUUGAUUGUCUUUUCUAACAAAAUUUCAAUCUUGUAAAUUUUAGACUUUUGGAGUUUCAAAAGUCAAAAAUGUUAAACUUUCCAAACUUGGGAGUUUCCAAAUUGUUUUUCUGAAAUAUUUCUGGCAUUAAUUUCAAAUGUUUUACUUUUUGGUGGAAUUUUCCAACUUUUUUUCUAUCUGCAAUAGAAAAAAAGUUAAGCAAAUUUUCGUUUUUUGGGGGGUUUUUGGAUUAAUUUAGGGGAAAUCUGGAUUUCUUUUCACCAGUACACUCAUGGAUUUCAAUAGUUCACGGUGACCUCAGCACUGCCAGGGCAGCCAUCUUGUUUGACAAACGAAUUGUCAUGUUUUGUUUACUUGGACUUUGAAUUCAGGUCAACAGGCUAAGAUUUUUUAAUUUUUUAAUGAUGAGAAUAAAGUCAUAAUAUUUAUAGAACACAGAUGUAGUGAAAUGAGAAUAAAGUUGAUUGAGAAACAACUGAGUAUCUAGAAGAAAGAACCGCUAAAACUGAGCUGGUUCUAUCCGAUCUCGAUAACUACAAGCUUUUUUUUCUCAUAAAAAGAAUUGUUUCUCAUAGUUUUGAGACUUUCUUCUGGUAAAAAAUGACUUGAUUCUGCUAAUAUUAUGACUAUUUACAAUUAAACAAGCAUUCCUGUAGCCUGAUCUUAAAACUCUGUCAUUCAAUUCACACAAGGGUUGAUGGAAAUAAAAUCUACUUUUGGAAAAUA